GCAAGCUUCACAACCAGCUGUGAGGCUCCAGCAGUCCACCAUGAUAUUAAGAAGCUCAGCCUUGCGGCAUGGGCGCCAGGUCCUCCGAGCAGCACCUUGCAGAGCAGCACCAUCAAACCUGCGCGUCCUCUCGACAGAUGGACGCCCACCACCCCGUCCAACAGCUAAUGCUGAGCCUCCUUCUUCAACGACAACAACAACAUCGAACGAAUCCGCCGAUCCAACAGACCCCUCCUCCACACUAGCUACCGAUACUGCCACCACCGAGCCUGCCGCAGCGGCACCCCUCUGGCAGGUGCCCACAGCCUCGCCCAUGGCCCUCUGGAACCGCCAGCGGCGGGUCCGAGUCGACUUGAGCAUUGCCGAGAACUUCCGCCGGCGCGAGGCGAUCCAAGAGAAGAUCGGAAAGCUGGGCUCGGAGGUUGAGCGGCGGUUCAACCCCUCCGGGCUCCUGCAGGACCCGCCGCGGCCCGAGGACGUGACGCUGGAGCUGCUGAUGGCGGCGCAGUGCCACAUGGGCCACAACGCCUCGCUGUGGAACCCGGCCAACCAGCGGUACAUCUACGGCGUGCGGUCGGGCAUCCACAUCAUCUCGCUCGAGGAGAUCGCGGCCUCGCUGCGGCGGGCCGCCCGCGUCGUCGAGGAGGUCGCCUACCUGGGCGGGCUGAUGCUGUUCGUGGGCAACCGCAAGGGCCAGAUGGAGGUCACGGCGCGGGCGGCCGAGCUGGCCGGCGCGUGCCACCUGUUCUCCAAGUGGGUGCCGGGCACCAUCACUAACCGCGACCAGAUCCUCGGCCGGGAGGAGCUGAAGGUCGUCGACGAGCGCGACCAGAAGCUGCCUGGGUUCGAGAGGCACCUCCUCGAGAGGCGCCCGCUCAUGCCUGAGCUGGUCGUCGUGCUGAACCCGCUCGAGAACUACACCCUGCUGCACGAGUGUGCCCAGGAGAAUAUCCCUACCAUCGGGCUGAUCGAUACGAAUGCCGACCCGACGCAGGUGACCUAUGCCAUCCCAGGAAAUGAUGACAGUCUGAGAUCUGUCAGCGUCAUCGCUGGUGUGCUGGGCCGCGCGGGCGAGCGCGGACAGAAGAGGCGCCUUGCGGACGCGAACAGAGGCGUCUGUACGUGGAGGAACCCGGCCGACCUUGUAAUGUGGAUGGAACAGAACGAGGCAGCCAUGAAGGACAAGGCGGAGGCGGACGGGAAGGAUCUCGAGGGCAGGAAGGCUGUAAAAGGUAAGUUCAAGGGGGUCGAGGGUGAUGAUAGUGCUGUCAGCGCCGUCAUGGAGCAGCUUCGGCUGUGAUCGGGUAGGGUAGGGGGCCUUUUGAUGGGAAUGCGCAUGUCAAUGGGGAAAUAAAAACAAAAUGCAAGAAACUGUACUAUCUGAGAUGU